AGCGCGGGAGAGGCGGGAGCUCAGCCCGGCAGGCGAUUGGCGGACUCCGCCGUCACUCACGAGGGACCCGCGGCUGGCGUAUAAAUUCGCGGGCUCGGAUUUGGUGCACGGCGAGAAGAAGCUAACAGCUAACAGCUAACAGCUAACAGCUAACAGCUAACAGCUAACAGCUAACAGCUAACAGCUAACAGCCCGCACGCACUCACACGCACGGACUGCUCGGCGGGGGCUCGUUUUCACGCACAGACCUCCAGGGUGUUUGACUUUAGAGGAGUGUGUUAGUGUUAGCAUGCUGUUAGCAUGCAGUUAGCUCCAUGCUAACUACUUCCUGCAUGUUAGCCGGAGGUGGCUAGCUGGAGGAGCUAACUGUUUACCAGCCUGCUGCUCAGGUUAGGUUAUUCAUUUAAUUAUUCAUGACGGCGCUCUGUGAUUGGUGGAGACAGUGGGAGGGGCGGGGCUAGAGGCUCUGUGAUUGGAGGAGACAGUGGGAGGGGCGGGGCUAGAGGCUCUGUGAUUGGUGGAGACAGUGGGAGGGGCGGGGCUAGAGGCUCUGUGAUUGGUGGAGACAGUGGGAGGGGCGGGGCUAGAGGCUGGGUGUGUGUGUGAUAGUGAAGUGAGGACACAGAGGACAGCUCCUGCUGGACAGAGUGGAAGAUGAUCAGGAUGUCAUUGGACAAAGAGACUGUCCUCCCUCAUGAGGUCAGCCCCGCCUUCCCCGCCACCAUCAGCCUAUCAGAGCAGCCGCAGCUGGCUAAGACCCGCCCCCUGCGUCCUAAAAAUGGCCUCCAGUUGCCCGGCAACAGUCAGACCGCCCUCGCCUCCGCUCCCCCCACUCAACGAAUCGCAAAGAGGCGAUACUCCAUGGGCGUCGGCUUCAAGGGGCUGGCCAAGCGCCGCCGGCGCGCCAUCAGCGACAGCCAAUCAGAGCCCGUGCUGCCAAGUCACUUCCUGUUGGGCGGGAACAUCUUUGACCCGCUGAACCUCAACUCUCUGUUGGACGAAGACGUCAACAGGGCGACCAAUCAGGAGACACCAAAGUGCUCCCCCCUGCCAUCGCGGGGCGGAGACCCCGUAGAGAUCCUGGUUCCCCGUGACAUCACCGACCCCCUGAACCUGAAGGGAGGGGGCAGGGACGGGAAGGGGGGGGGGGGAGUCUUGUUGUCCCCCCUGAAGUCCAGGAGGAGACACCGGACCAGACACCACGGAGGAGGAGGAGGAGGAGGAGGAGGAGGAGGAGGAGCAGCAGCAGCAGCAGCAGCAGCAGAGAGGGAGGUGCUACCUGCUCGACUGUUUCCCUCCACAGCUGGACCGACAGUUCCUCUGUUGACCGGAGAGAGCAGCGUCUCAGCGUCUCCUCUCCCCUGUGAACUCAACACCGCCAUCACCUGUCGGGACGACGUAGCCCCGCCCCCAAUCCUCCCCAGGAGACACAGCCACCCUCCGCCGGGCCGCGCCCACAAGCCCGGUAACCAGGGCGACGGUCGCCAACGGAGACGGCGCCGCACCACCUCGACCAAGACGGCGGAUUGCUCUGCAAACACCAACACCACGGCAACCGCAGCUCAGCCAACCAGAUUCCACACGCCGCUGGUGGGCGGGGCUAAAGCCGGCAGGUGUGGAGGACCUCAGCCCGGCUCUGCUCAGCCACCGGAGAGGAAGAAGGACAAGCACCGCUACCGGUACGGCAACCACAGCUGUUACUAUGGUUACCACGGUUUCUACGGUGACGGAUGGGAGGGGUGCGUCGGGGCGGAGGAGGACCCGCGGCUCCGCCUCCUGGAAGCCGAUUGGUUCAGAGACAAGAAGGUGCUAGACGUGGGCUGUGGCGCCGGUCACCUGACGCUGGCCGUCGCCCGCAGGUUUGACCCCGCCCACAUCCUGGGGGUGGAGCUAGACCAGAGACUGGUCCACGCCGCCAAGCAGAACAUCAGGCACUUCCUGUCACAUGACCUGGUGGUGGAGGAGAGGAGGAGGAGGAGGAGAGGAACGCCGGGACGGGAGGAGGAGGUGAUGGAGGAGUUCCAGCAGGCUCUGUCUCUCCUCUCCCUCCCUCUGUCGUUCAGGGUGAGUCGAGGUCCUCUCUCUGCUCCUCCUCUCCUCCUCCCAUCACCCUCCUCCUCCUCCUCCAGGUUCCCCGCCAACAUCACCUUCAUUCAGGGUGACUACGUGUCAGGGCGGGAGGCGUGGCCCGGGCGCGGUCAGUAUGAUGUCAUCGUGUGUCUGGGCGUGACCAAGUGGGUGCAGCUGCAGUCAGGUGACGGGGGCGUGGUCACGCUGUUCAGACGAGCCUAUCAGAGCCUGUCGCCGGGCGGAUUAUUCAUCCUGGAGCCACAACCGUGGAGCAGCUACGGCCACAGCAAGAGGGCCUCGGAGACGUGGUGUCGUACCUUGAGGAGUAUCAGACUGAGACCUGAACAGUUCACCUGUUACCUGACUGACAGCGUAGGAUUCACCUCCUACAGACUCAUCACUCACACAGGUAACCAGCGGCCGAUCUACCUGUUCCACAAAGGCCCUGCCCACAGGAAGUGAUGUCACCAGGGCAGGAAGCAAGGUGUCCGUCUCCACGGUAACGGCCCUGGACUGUGGCUUACCGACGGAGAGGAGGAAGCUGAUUGGUUCUUUUAUAUAUUUGACUUGGUGAGCCGGCUGCUGAUUGGCUGGAUGACAUCACAGAGGAGAAUAAACUCUGAUUGAACCACAGGGAUCUCUGUGAAUGUGAUUGGUUCACACAGGCUCAAGCAAAGGAUUGUGGGUGAUUGUCCUCACCCCGUGUGACCUGCCUGGACGCUGACAGGAAGUGACACGUCUGACAGGAAGUGACACGUCUGACAGGAAGUGGAACGUCAGGUGAUUGUCUGAAUAGAGACUUUAUGUGUUGAUUAAAGCUGAUUCAUCACUUUA